AUGUCUGGUGAUAGGUUUUUUUGGUUGUUGAAGGAGAAUUUCACGGUGGCUUCAGUUGCAGGGCUGCUGCGUGUUAAUUCAGUUCAUGAGCAGGCCUCUAUUUCUUUUUUGACGCAGCAGAUUUGGAAAGAGAUUCUCCCCCCUCGCAUUCAGUUUUUCUUUUGGUUACUUGCUCGAGAUCGUAUUUCUUAUAAUAUGACUUUGGUGAGAAGAGGUAUUCUUGAUUCUGAACAUUCUUUUUGUACUUUUUGCCUCGACGAAGAAUCUAGUUUACACAUUGUUCUACACUGCAAUUUUGCUUGGAGUUUUUGGUCUCUUAUUCUAGCGAAUUGCUCGGUGAUUUGGGUUACUCCUUAUUCUCUAAAGGAUUUGUUUGUGCAUUGGACCUCUCUUUCUUCUGGUAGGCAUUGUAAUCUCUGGAAACUUAUAUGGUUUUUCGGAGUUUGGCAUCUAUGGAAGAAUCAGAAUAAUCGUGUUUUCAAUGACGUGUCAGCUACUGUUCAUAGUUUGGUUUUUCUCAGUAUUUGGAAAGCGGUUGAUUUCUACCGGGCAAGGAACCAAAUCUUUGCUCACUCGGGAAACGACGUUUUUCGAUGUAUUGAUUUUUUCUGUAAUAAUCUCUAG